UUGUUCACGACCCCGUUAACAUACUUUUUACAGCCGAACUUCGAAUACACAUCUUCUCAACAUGAUAUUGCAAAUCUUCUGUUGAGUCUGAAGGUGAUCUCAUUUGAAGAGCUUGUGACGGCUGUCAAUGAAACCUUGAAAGAGGCAGGUGUGAAGGCUACAAAAGUGGGAGUAGCAGACAAGGCUGCAUUCCCGACAGAAGCACCGCUUCUUGAGUUGCUACAUGGUUGUGUGAAGGCUCUUCCUACAGCCCAAUUACAGUCUUGUUGGCUACCUUUUCAAUCUUUGUUUGCUGAUGCACCGUUGGCCAGCCUUCCUCCACGCGCAGUCUUUUUACUGUUUAUAAUUUUGUGCGACUAUGUGCGGUGCGCUGGCGCUUCGUACAUUGUUGAGGAUAAGACGAUGUCUCGUGCCGUUCAAGACGCAGUACAACGACUCACUGAAGCUGUCAAUGCUAUCGUUGGUUGGCAGUUGGAAACAACCACAUGGCUGAAGAGAACUCUCGUAGUCAAGCACGACCAAACUAGUAUAACAAAGCUGAGCAACUUAGGUACUCGUUCUCAAGAUGCCAGCCCAUCAGUUGAACUGAAUACCCCUCUUAAUACGCCGCUGCCUUCUCUGAACCAGUCGGAACAGAAUUCUAUGCGUGGCUCUACUUUGUCUUUGAUGACGCGACCUUCUUCUCUGGAUGCUGGUACUAGUGCGGGAUCAUUGGUUGAAAAGAAAAGCGGAUCCAAUCUUCGAAGUUCGGUGAAGGACACAAACAACAAUAAGCGUGAUCCAUCUCAUAGCACACAAGCCCUGUUCCUUUUGGCAGAGAACUUAGCUGAGUUGGUGGAUUCCGUUUGCAAGAGCGAUGACAAAGAGAGGCUCUUGCCAACACUUCACGCCGUCUGGGGGAACGUCGUUCCUUACUUGAAAGCCAAGAACGCUCGAAAUUCGAGAUUUUUCUUGGCUUCGUCGCAGUUGUUGGCAUCCAUGAGCUCGUUUAGUUACAUGCGUCCGGUUUGGAAGAAGACUACGCUUGAGCUUUUGCUUGAUUCAUGUGAGUGGCUGUGA